AUGUGUCCCGGCUCAACAGGUCAACCUGUAGCGGCUUGUUCACCAGCUAUGGCUUGCCCACCAGGAACUCAUGGUUCCCAAGGAACUCAGCCAUGUGGCUUUUUGGAGCAGUGCCCACAAAAUAUGGGUUGUUAUCAAGGAGUUUGCUGCCCACUUUCUUGCCCAACUGGUCAUAGUCCAACUGGUUUUUGUGGACAGUCUAAGAGCUCUUGCCCGCAAGCAUCGAGCUGCGUAAGUGGAUGUUGUUGUGCUCGCCAAGAACAAGCAAUUGUGCCAGUGUGCCCAAGUGGGCAUCCAUCGGCCCAAAGAUGCAUCACAAACCAAGGUUGCCCUCCAGGAAUGGAAUGUUCAAAUGGAGGUUGCUGUCCAAUACCGUUUUGUCCAUUAGGAGCUCAAGCACAAGGUCGUUGUUUAACAGGAACAAGUUGUCCAGGUAACACAGUAUGCAUGGAAGGUUUGUGCUGCCCAUUACCAAGAUGCGGAAUGGGUUUACUUGCUGUUCGUAUUUGUCUGACGAGCAGCGAAUGUGGAAACGGAUUUGAGUGUGUUAGUGGUGGCUGUUGCCCACUGCCUUCAUGUGGAAACGGAGUAAUGCCAUCACAGAGGUGUCAAGCAGGAGGGUGUUGCUGCCCUUCUGGCCAACAUUGUAAUAAUGAAGUUUGCUGUCCUCUCCCCAUAUGCCCUGGAGGGGUAAUAUCCGCGAAAGUAUGUGCAACGAUGAUCCACUGUGGUCGAGGUAACGAAUGUGUCAACGGAGGCUGCUGCCCGUUGCCGUUAUGCCCAUCUGGUGCUCAACCGUCGCAGCGAUGCAGUUCGUCUAAUGCAUGUCCUCCCAACCAGGCUUGCGAAAAUGGUAUGUGCUGUCCUCUUUCGAUAUGCAUAAAUGGCCAAAUAGCAGUGCAACCUUGCGGAAUAGGAAACAUGUGUCCAGUUGGUUAUGUCUGCGAGGGUCGAGGAUGUUGUCUUGAGCCAAUGCCUCUAUGCCCCAAUGGCGGCCGAGCAACGCAAAAGUGUGAUCGUGGUCGUGAUUGCCCACCUGGUUACGGUUGUACUUCAUUAGGAGGAUGUUGUAUGCUAUCACUAACCUCUAUAUGUCCUGCGCAACAGAGCGCUAUUUGCCAGUGUUCACCAACGAAUGCAUGUCCACCUCAAUCGGCUUGUUCUAUGGGAAGCUGUUGCACAUCAGGUGUAUCGGCGUAUGAUCUAAUCCCCGGAUCAAGUUGUAAAUCAUCUCAUCGUUGCAAUGGAUUUAACUCAAAUUUAGCUACAUGCUUGCAAAAUAUUUGUAUUUGCAUAAAUGGAGCUAUUUCAGUAGGUGUGACUUGCCAAAAAUUGAGUCCAGCUUUGUUACAACAGGCGAAAUCUGGAUGCGACCAAUAUGGGUCACCAUGUAAGUACAUCUUUAGUGCAGCCCGUAGAAAGCCAAUCUUCGCACCCGUUGAUAAUGUGACUGAUGAACCUUUGUGGUAUAACGUCGUCUCUCAACGAAAAUGUGUAAUCCCGAUAGCACUUGUCUCCCUAAUGAAAGAUGCAAAAUUAUGGCCUGGCGAAUAUGGAUGUUUAUCAGAUAUCGAGUGUUCAUCUAGAUGCGAAAAUACAUACUGUGAGCACGCGACAGAUAAAAGUGUAGCUCAGUGCCAAUGCAAAAAUGGCUUCAUACUAUAUGGGCGAUGCUGUAAGAAUUUUUCUAUGAAAAAUUGA